AUGCAGUACGGUCCAGUGACGAAUUUCACUAUCCACGGAAAGAUUGUAGCCAUCACGGGAGGUGGCUCUGGAAUCGGACUUGCACUGGCCAAGCUCUGUCACACACAGGGCGCUCGCGUACUGAUAGGCGACUUGAAAUUGGUCGCUGAUGCUGAAGCCUUUGUCUCUGAAGCGCCGGCUGGGGAGGUGGUCUUCCAACACUGUGACGUGACGUCCUGGAAAUCGCUCCAUGACCUGAUUACGGCCAGCGUUGACGAGUUUGGCGAUGUUCCAGACUGUUAUGUGCCGUGCGCUGGCGUCUUCGAGCCGCCGUUUAGCAACUUUUGGGACGACAACGAAGCAAAUGAGUACAAGUCUAUGCAAAUCAAUGUCAACCAUCCAGUGAAGAUGACGCGAUUGGCGAUGCGCGCACUGGCUGGAGCAGAGAAACAGGGGGUGGUUUGUUUGAUUGCGUCGUCCGCAGGCAUUCGAGGCAACUAUUUGGCCUCCCUCUAUGCGACCUCCAAGCAUGCAAUCGUAGGCUUCGCCAAAUCGAUGGGCCAGGCCGAUGUCGAAGAGGGCGUGAAGAUCGUUUGCGUUCUACCCGGGAUGGUGCAGAGUCCGCUGUGGGAAGAUCRACAAGAUGAUAUGGUGGUGAGAACGCAGUACACRAAGCGCCUGGAGGAAGCCCUUCAACCAAAUGACAUUGCUGAACUGAUGCYGAGGAUGAUUGUACGCCAGAAUUAUGAUGGUGGGACAUGCGUGCUGAAAACCAAGGCUGAAGAGAGGAUUGUUGAAGAGGGCUUCGCAAAGUCUGCCGGCAAAUACGACCCUUCGCCGAGGCCAGAGCCAGAUUUGGGGAGAAUUAAAGAUGUUAUACAGUCCGAGAGGGGCAGGAAGUGGUCGUGA